CUUGCCCCUCAUCUUCAUUGCUUAGCGAUCCGGGCAUCUUUACCGCAUAACAAGAAAAUCACAUCCGAGAUACAGGGAUAAAGUCCUGAAACUUAACCCUCUCAAUGCCCAGAUUUUCAGAUUCAGAGGAGACGUCUACUAAAGUCUGAAAAUAAGAAAGAGACAAAAAUGGAACACACAUGCCCAGAUUGUGACGUCUGGUCGGUUGCCAUGGCAAUCCAUCCCAUAGUUUCCCGACACAACUAGUUAGUGCUGUUCACCGGCUUAACUAGUACUGAGAGUGGCGGCGGUGGCGCGUGCACCCGUCUCGCGGUGGCAUUGCCCUUUUCGCGCUCAAGUUCGAGGAAUGUGAGGUUAUACAGGGAGACAUACGGGAGAAAGUUACCUCACAAUCCCUUUUCAGCCAGGCGAGGGGGACGCAUAAUAAGAGAUGGCAGGAGGAAUCAUCUUCUUGAACGAUGACCUGUGGGAUCCAGACUAUUACAGGCUCCAUCCCCUCGUCUGUCACCUGUGUCAUGAGCAAUACCGCCAACCAUGUAUUCUGGACUGCUACCACAUCUUCUGUGCCAGUUGCCUGCGUGGCAGGGCCAAUGACAAUCACCUCAAUUGCCCCCUCUGUGGAUAUCCCUCAGUAGUGAUGGGCACAAAUUCACUUCCCCCAGAGGACCGUUUGCUGAGGUUCCUGGUGGAUAAUUCGACAGACAAUGUAGUACAGUGUGCUAACUGUGAUAUGAAAUGCAAAGCACAGGAUGCUGGAGCGAUGUAUUACUGUAACACCUGCAGUCAGCCACUGUGUGGAGAGUGCAGAGAGCUUACACACAAAGCUAGGAUGUUUUCCCAGCAUGAUAUUGUGUCCCUGGCCAAACGCACCAAAGAGGGGCAUCGCAAGUGCUCACUCCAUGAAGAGUUGUACAUCAUGUUUUCGACAGAGAAAAAGUCCAUGUUGUGCAUCAAGUGUUUCAGAGACAUGCCAAUUGAGAAUCGUACCCACUGCAUUGACAUUGAGACUGCAUAUGGACAGGGAUGUGAAAUACUGGAUCAAGCUGUUCUGGCGGUGAAGGAGCUGCAGAUGUCAGUGCGAGAGGCCAUCGUACUGCUGAAGGCCAUGCUGGGUGAAGCGCGGACAAAUGCAGAAGAGGAGGAAAGUGCUAUCUGUACACAGUUCAACAAUAUUCAGGAAAAACUCGCAGAGAGAAAAAAGGCCCUCUUAAAAGCUGCUGAAAGUCAACAUGAAGAGAAGGAGAAGGCACUAAAGGAACAACUUUCUAACUUGUCCACCCUCCUGCCCACCCUUCAGGUGCACCUGGUCACCUGCUCUGCAUUUCUCAGCUCAGCCAAUAAGUACGAGUUCUUAGAUAUGGGAUAUCAGUUGAUGGACAGACUGUGUGGCAUUGUAAAGCUGCCUCACAAGUUCCACCCUAUUCAAAGUAGCAAGAUAAACACAGACUACCAUGCUGAGUUUGCCCGCUGUCUGGAGCCUCUUCUGAUGCUGGGCCAGCGGAGACCUGGCUCUGUGACUGGAGGAACUGCCUUGAGUUACAGGCUGUUGGCUCUGUCUAUGUCGUGCCCGUCCCCAUCUCUAAGUGAAAUGCCUUUUGGCCGCAGGCCCACCUUUCACAGAUACAUUUGUACCAAGGUACUGCUGGCCGAGGGCAGAGAGUCACCCUUUACCGAGCACUGCCGCAACUUUGAGAAGAGCUACAGGGUUUUUCAGACAGAAGUCCAGAAGCUGAAGGAUGAGGUUCAGGAGAUGCACAGAGACCUGACAAAACAUCACUCUCUCAUCAAUACGGACACCAUGGAUGAGAUCCUGGAAAGGUCUCUACUCAUUGAUGAACAGAUCGCGUCUCAGUACUCUGCCGUGCAGACCCAGAGGUCCGUAUUUGAGGAGAUAUGGGAUGUGACCUUUCAAAGAGUAACCAAUGAGCAAGAGAUCUAUGAAGCACAGCUUCAUGACCUUCUGCAGCUGAAGCAAGAAAAUUCCUACUUGACAACCAUUGCACGACAAAUUGGACCCUACAUCUUAUCCAUAGCAAAAGUGAAAGAGCGUCUGGAACCCAGGUUUCAAAAGCCUGAGGAUAAUCGCAUGAACACUAUAGUUAAAAUAUGUGAGGACGAUGCAAAUGCUACUGAACAACACAGCUGUAAUGAGAAGAGUGGCUCAGCAGUCUAUGACAGAGACUCUCUUAUCCUACCGCCUGGUGAGACACUACUAAAGAGCAGUGACUUCUGUUGGAAGGGAAAGCCGAUAAAUAUUUCAGAAACAUCUUGCUACAAAGAGCUGCCACUAUAGAGCAGCAUGUAUGGACGAUGUCAACACAUGAACAUGGGGCUUUACAGUAACUGAAAAAUAAGAAGGACAUGAAUGGAAUAUAUGUUUCGGUAUGUUUAUGGAAUAAUGUUUUAAAUCAAAUGGACCUUAGCUAUAAACCGACUGCAUCGGAUGGAGCAUAAAUGUUUUACAGUCAGGUGGAUUGUGACUUUUCUUUUUUGUUAGUAAUUUGUUCAAAACAACAGCACUUCUUUGAAAAAUAAAUCGUUUGUCUUUACUGUCACUUUUGAUUAAUGUAAUGCAUCCUUGACGAAUGAAAGUAUUAAUUGUUUUAUUCAACCCAAACUUUUGAAUGAUACUGUAUGUGCAAAUGAAUAUAAUAUAAUGGGAAAAUAUAAUAAUCUCUCUUCUAUUUCACUUGUCCCUGCAAGCUUAAAGGGUUAGUUCACCCAAAAAUGAAAAUUCUGUCAUUUAUUACUCACCCUUAUGCCGUUUUACACCCGUAAGACCUUCGUUAAUCUUCGGAACGCAUUUUUGUUUAAAUCCGAUGGCUCCGUGAGGCCUACAUAGGGAGCAAUGACAUUUCCUCUCUCAAGAUCCAUAAAGGUACUAAAAACAUAUUUAAAUCAGUUCAUAUGAGUACAGUGGUUCAAUAUUAAUAUUAUAAAGCGACGAGAAUAUUUUUGGUGCGCCAAAAAAAAAAAAAAAAAAAAAAAAAAAAACGAAUUACUUAGUGAUGGCCGAUUUCAAAACACUGCUUCAGGAAGCUUCGGAGCAUAAUGAAUCAGCGUGUCGAAUCCGCAGUUCGGAGCGCCAAAGUCACGUGAUUUCAGCAGUUUGGCGGUUUGACACGCGAUCCGAAUCAUGAUUCGACACGCUGAUUCAUUACGCUCCGAA